CACGCUGCUCGCUCCCGACAGGAUCCUAGGCCGCUGCUGAUCAAACACGGUGUGCGCUCUACGCUGGAGCGGCGGCUCGGUCCUCGCGAACAGCGGCGCUUCGAGCGGCGGACACAAGCGGCGUUUUCAAGUUCAAUCCAAUGGAGAUCGACGACGCGGUCUUUGAUGAGUCUUGAGCGUGGACGGUUGCAGUAGCACUCGCGCGCCACGCGUCCCUGUGGACACAUGAUGGAGGCCGGUGAUGGCAGCGGUGCUGUUUCUGCAGAGCACACUGACAGCUAGAGCAAGAGGGAGAGCCAGAGGAGUAAGACGAGGCUUUAUCACAGCUCCAAAGCAGUACGUCACAUACGCGCAUCCAUCUGGGUCCCGCGUUCUUUCCCUCCCUCUCGCCGAGUUCGCGCAGGUUUCCUCACAUCAUUCACUUCUGAGCUCUCGCUAUCCGAUAUAGACGCGGAAUUAAUCCGGGCUAAAAUGGAUCACCUUCACCAGUGAUCUGCUCCAGACUUCAAAGGCUGCAGGGAGUAGAGGAUCUGUCAGUAGGACCAAACAGAAUAUUAGGACAAGACUACGACGGUGACUUUGAACCUUCAGAGACGGGAAUCUGUUGUUGCUGUGUACUUCAGCCUCUCGUCUUCCGGCUCGGCUAGAGAAGGCUGCAUUUUUUCCAAGGUGGAGCCGGGGAGCGGCAGGCUCGGGCUCAGCAGAAGCUCUUCACUAUGGAUGUGGAUGAGGAGGAGAACAUGAGUUCCUGCAGCACCGACGUCAAGGAAAACCGCAACCUGGACAACGUCUCCUCCAAGGAGGGGGCAAGCAUGCCCGAGCAGCUCCCCAACGGCAGCGGAGGAGGUGGGCGCAAGCGCCCCCUGGAGGAGGGCAAUAAUGGCCACGCACACCCCAAGUUCAGGCCCAAGAAACGCAAGAAAACUCCAGGGCCGGUUCUUCCCAAGAACGCUCUCAUGCAGCUGAACGAGAUCAAACCGGGUCUGCAGUACAAGCUGCUCUCUCAGACCGGGCCGGUCCACGCGCCAGUCUUUGUCAUGACUGUAGAGGUGAACGGGCAACUUUUCGAAGGUUCAGGCCCCACUAAGAAAAAGGCAAAGCUGAACGCAGCUGAGAAAGCACUGCGCUCUUUCGUGCAGUUUCCCAACGCUUCAGAGGCACAUCUAGCCAUGGGCCGAACGCUCACCGUCAACACGGACUUCACCUCAGACCAGGCCGACUUCCCUGACAUGCUCUUCAACGGUUUUGAGACUCCUGCACCACCAGAGGACUCCUUUUACCUGGGGUCCAACUCUAAUGGUUCCCUAAACCCACUGGGAGAAUACCCAGUACCCCCAGUGACUGGUACCAACAGCCUGGCUCAGGCCCCACUGCCUCCCCCCUCCACUUUCAACACAUCGUCCAGUGGAAAGAACCCCGUCAUGAUCCUGAACGAACUCCGGCCGGGCCUCAAGUACGAGUUUGUGUCAGAAAGUGGUGAGAGCCACGCUAAAAACUUUGUCAUGUCCGUGACCGUGGACUCACAGACCUUCGAGGGAUCAGGGAGGAAUAAGAAACUGGCCAAGGCGCGUGCUGCUCAGGCGGCACUCUCUGCUCUCUUCAACAUGCAGCUGGACCAGACACCAUCUCGCCAGCCAAUCCCCAGAGAGGGCCUACAGCUACAUCUGCCCCAGGUUUUAGCAGAUGCUGUCUCGCGUCUCGUGGUGGACAAGUUCAGCGAGCUCACCGACAACUUCACGUCUCCACAUGCAAGGAGGAAAGUGCUGGCCGGGGUUGUCAUGACAACAGGCACCGAUGUGAAGGAGGCUCAGGUGAUCUGCGUCUCCACUGGAACCAAGUGCAUAAACGGCGAGUACAUGAGCGACCGCGGCCUGGCACUUAACGACUGCCACGCCGAAAUCAUCGCCCGCCGCUCCCUUCUCCGCUACCUAUACAUGCAGCUGGAGUACUUCCUCAGUAACAGCAAAGAGGAGCACGAGAAGUCCAUUUUCACCCGGUGUGAGAAACACGGCUACCGGCUCAAGGACAACGUUCAGUUUCACCUGUACAUCAGCACGUCGCCGUGCGGAGACGCUCGCAUCUUCUCCCCACACGAGGCAGGCGUCGAAGAUCAGGGAGACAGACACCCGAACAGGAAAGCUCGGGGUCAGCUGAGAACUAAGAUCGAGUCGGGCGAAGGCACUAUCCCUGUCCGCUCCAGUAACACCAUCCAGACAUGGGACGGAGUUCUGCAGGGAGAGAGACUCCUUACCAUGUCAUGCAGCGACAAGAUCGCCAGGUGGAACGUGGUGGGGAUCCAGGGCUCUCUGAUGAGCUACUUCACUGAGCCCAUCUACUUCUCAAGCAUCAUCCUGGGCAGCCUGUACCAUGCUGAUCAUCUCUCUCGGGCCAUGUACCAGCGCAUCGCUGACAUCGAGCACCUGCCCCAGCAGUUCACCCUCAACCGGCCCCUGCUCAGCGGAAUCAGUAACGCAGAAGCACGGCAGCCAGGAAAAGCUCCUAACUUCAGCGUGAACUGGGCGGUGGGUGACCAGGGGUUAGAGGUCAUUAACGCCACAACGGGUAAGGACGACAUGGGCCGGCCUUCUCGCCUCUGCAAGCAUGCUCUCUACAGCCGCUGGGUUCGACUGCACUCAAAGCUGUCAUCCACCUUGCGGAUCAAAGUGACCAAGCCGAGCUCGUACCACGAAGCCAAGCAGGCGGCAGUGGAGUAUCACGCCGCCAAGCAGACGCUCAUCAAGGCUUUCCAGAAAGCAGGAUUGGGGGCCUGGGUGAAAAAGCCUAUAGAACAGGACCAGUUCUCUCUGAGCUCCUGAAGGGGAUGCAAGAGGGACAGAGCAGAGAUGUGAAUGACAUGACUACAACCAGCUGUUGAUAUGUCACUCGGUGUGUGUGUGUGUGUGUGUGUGUGUGUUUGACUGUGUUGAUUUCCAGCCAAUCCACAGCCCUUUAGACUCACUCACUCUGCUCUCACACAUCUUUCGUCGGUUGUUUGUUACAAACGGCUGUGUCCGGGGUCGUAAAACCGACCCAGAGCGCCGGAUAGGAUACAGUGUUAUAUUUUACAACUGGAAAAAAAAAAGAAAAGAGCAACGUUUGUCACUUUAUUCCUGUUAAAUGGGUUAGGAUUGCCUGCAACCCAUCGUGCUCAUGUCUGGUGGCCUCGGAAAAAACGAACACGUAGGUUUACGCUAAUCAUGUCUCUCGUAAUUCAGACACUGAAAAGCAUCCCUCUGUUUUUAACCAUCAUCCCUGUCUUUUUAUUCUGUUUCUAAAUCUAACUUCGAGAUCAAGACUACAUACUUUUACCUUUUUUUUUUUGUUUGUUUUUUAAUAUUGGAAAUUUCUUUGUUGUUUCUUUUUCCCUAUAUGAUGAACAAGUAUUUAGAAUUUAGUCAAACAGACCUGUUUUCUCCCGGACACGAACUUUUUUUUUUUUUUUUUUAUACACGUUCUACAUUCGAGCGUUUAAUUAACCUUGUAAUCGAAAUGCAACCAAAGUUCAUGGUUCUCCUUCAUCUUCAUGUCUCAGUGACAUCUCCAUUGCAUGUUUGUAUCGUGUGCUGUGACACACAUCACUGAACAACUGCCCGAUUUAUUUUUUUUUUCCGGGCAAAAUAUAGAAGACUUGAUGAUGAAGCUGCCUUCUUUUGACCAUUUUAGAAGUCUAGGCGUUGUUUAGGUACUUUUACAGAAUGAUGUCUCGUCUUUUUUUAAAACUGCAUGGGAAGCAUUUGCGUGUAAGGAGCUAGGUUUUGUAGCUGUCGCAAUGUCCGUCUGUUCAUUUGCAUCGAUCAUUGUAAAAGCAGAUGGUAGAUUAUGAAACCGUUUCUCAGUUGUGCACGUUUAUUGUCUAAAGCUGUCUCUCUGCAUGGAAAGAGUGGACGGUUUUCAGGGGUUAAUUAGAAACAGCCCUCAUGGUUUUCAAUUAGGGCUUUGUUUGUUUGUUUGUUCAUUAAAUAUGUCCGUGUUUUUUUUGUUUUGUUUUGUUUUUUUUGGCACAAAUUGUCCAUAUUGCUGAAUUCUGCUGUAUCCCUGCUACUGAGGUCUGCCUUCUUUAUGCAAGAUUCUUUUCCUGCUGUUUUUUAAGCUUGUGCACUCUUUGAUUAAUGACCAACAAACAGCAGCAUGUUCGACUGAUCCUGAACUCAUAUAAACCAGGGGCAUGAUUUCUCUGAUAAUCUUCGCUUUUUUUUUAAUUUAAAAGGAAGCCCCGCUGUUCUCGAAGCCUAGACUUCGACCUUUUCACCUUAUUUUCAAGGCAGCAGCUCCGUUUGGUGAAAGCGUAAAAAAAAAGGAUGGCCACGGCUUUAUGUUGAAAUAAACGAAGCGGUGAAUAUGUUUCACGUUAAAUUGCUGUUUUUCACUCUGGAAUGCAGCGGAGUCACAUGACCUCUGCAGCCCAAUCACCACUGGACUUAGCUGAUUCUCUCUCACAACUGUACAGAGAGACGGUGUUACAUUUAAGUGUGUGUGUGUGUGUGUGUGUGUGUGUGUGUGUGUGUGUGUGUGUGUGUGUACCUGCUGCUGAGCCCAACCGGCACUCUUGUCGAGAUGUCAUGGCAACAGGACUUGGAGAUUGCUGUUGAAUCUUCACCAAAGAUGAUGUCUUUUACUUUUGGUUGUUUUAUGGUGAAAAAAAAAGUGUAAACUUUAUUUUUUAAAAACAGUUAUUAAUGCAACGUUCAGUGGGCAUCUUAUAACCGGUCAUCAAGGUUUUGUAUAUCCAUUUACUAAUAUAUUUUUAGUUGGUUUCACUGACGAUCUUUGUGUUUUGCAGUGAUUUGAGAGCAGCUCCUUUCUCUGUGUUUCUGUACCUGUUAGUUUACAACUGUAAAUAUUGUGAACCUCUCUAAUGUCGUUGCCAUGGACGCUCAUAUAUACUGCAUAUAUUUCUGGUAGUUCUGAUCGACUAUUUCUUCAUCACACAUCCGCAGAAACUUGUAUGGAAGUGGUAGUUUCUAUACCGUUUGUUUUCUUUUCUUUCUCAUUAAAGUCGUUGUAUCGAUUCCUAACGUCGUUUAUGUUCGAUUAGUUCAGCUGUCCUGACCCUGUACCUCAUACACAGAUAGAGAGAAUGAACAAGACAUUGAGAUUGUGUCCUUGGAAAACUUGCCAGGUCUGUGUGAUAACCAACCUGAUCCCGAAGCUCAAAGACUUUCCUGCUAUUAAAACCCAUACUCAUGAUUUCCACAGUUUUUUUUAAUUUUUUUAUGAGCAUCACAUGACGCUCUGGGUCGUGUUACUGCUUUAUAACGGCGGUGAAAUCCUGAGCUUAGGUUACUGUCUGUCUGGAUUUUCACACAUUCUACCACAUCUUGUUUCCUCUAGGGUCUCUGGUUUACUUCCAUCUCUCAGGUGGACCAGAGACUUGAACUUGGCUCUAGAUGGGAAUGUUUGUGAGCAUAGAACCCUGCAGUGGACUGGUGUAUCACCCAAGCUGCAUUACCACCUCACACCUUUCUAGGAUAGGCUCGACCAUGACCGGGAUAUAAAUCACUUACUAAAUGAAUGAAUUAAUUUUGUUCAAACUUCCAGGGUCCUGGGUGGUCUGGAAUAUUCCCUCUACAAAGAGUGAGUAAUGAUAGCUAUGAGAAUGAAUUAAACUGCUCACUUAUGCACACUCAAACACAGACCUGGCAACCAGUUGUUUUUGUUUGUUUUUUAAUGAAAUUUAUAAUGUACUUCGAAGUUUUGUAGCCCAGAGACGAAAAUAGAGAAUGAUAUUUUAAUUUAGAUAUUGAGUCUUUUCGAUCGUAAGCCCACUCAUCAUGCUUUCAUGCCUUCCGUCUGUAGCGUACUGAUUGUCAAACCUGUACUUCACACACUACUGUUCUCUCUCUCUCAACUACCCAAGAUGUCAGUGGAUGAUGUCAUGAACACAAUCCCAACCAAGGCAGGAGUUUUUCUUUUUAUUUUCUUUUUAUUGUUCUGGAACAGGAGCGUAUUUCAGUCGAGUCGUGACUCCGUGCUCUGGUUCCGGUCAGCCCUGUUCUGAGAGUGUUGUGAUUAGUUGACUGUACGGUGGGGUACAGUGGUGCUGUACACUGCCUCCUCCUGCGUGUCCUCUGUAAAAUCCAUACACGGGCCACCUGCAUGAGCUCCUCCACUGAAGCUGCACCCAGCAUGAUGACUAUAAAAGGACUUGUAUGUAGAAAAAAAAAAAACCAUAGAUCUAUAUAUAUAAAGGAGAAAAAAAAAUAAACGAGAUAUUAGUUUACCUUUGUAUAUGAGUGGAGUUUUUUUUUCUUCCAGUUUCUAGUGAAAGUGCUGAAAGGGUUCGUUCAACGACUGAGAAUCCUUGAGAUUUCAGGUUUAAUUCUGUAAAAAAAAAAUUCAAUUUUAAUUUUUCAGGUGAAUUUAUUUGUAUAGCGCUUUAACAAUGGACAUAGCAGCUUUACAGAAGUAUAAAAAACAAAGGGAAAAAAUUUAAAGUUAAGUUACUAUUUUAUCCCUAAUAAGCAAGCCUGAGGCGAAGGUGGCAAAGAAAAACUCCCUGAGAUGAUAUGGAAGAAGGAACCAGGCUCAGAAAGGAAUCCAUCCUCAUUUGGGUGACACUGGACAGUAAAUAAUGUCCUUUCUACAAUAGCAACCAAGAGCUCGUGAGCUUUUAUCUAAUUGUUAAUUUCCCAAGUGUUGAACCACAUCCCGCUGUACAUUUUCACACCUAGUGGCACAACCCUUCGAGAGUGGAAAUGGCUGUGCUCUCUGGAUGGGAAGGAUGUCUCUACCCUGUCAAUCAAAGCGAUGCUAGCGAAUCAGAGUCAUCUGUGAUCUCACGUAUGUGGAAGAGGACAGAUUGUGUCUUCUUCCAAGUGUGACAGCAUGAGCAGCAGUUUGAAAAGAUGCAAAGCUUGGUCUUUACAUGACUCUGAGGAAGCAUGUGCUUGCUCCAUCCUCCUGCAGCUGCAGGUUACGUGAUAAGGAGAGAUAGCGGGUGAGUAAAAUAACCAAAUUGUUGCUACUCAAACGUUUAAAAUAGUAACUAAGGUAUACGUAGAUACCUGAGCAAUCACACCUAUAUGCUGCCACAAAGUAUGAAGCAUACAGUUGUAUAGAUUUGCUUUGCAUUCAGUUUCCUUUCACUGGAAAUAAAGGACCAAGACACCUCUUCCAGCAUGGCAUUGCCCCUGAGCUCCAGGAAGACAUGAUUUGCCAAGUUUGAAGUGAAAAAUAACUCUUGCACUAAGCCCUGACUUCAACCCCUACUGAACAACUUUGUGCAUAAAUAUUAAAGAAAAGAAGUUAAUGAUGAAGAACUGUUACUUAUUAAAUGUUUACUGGAUUUGGAAAUGUUAGGAAACAACAGAUGGAGAUAUUCCUAGCUGCAGAACCAAAAGUUAUAGAGUUGGAUCCGAUCCAACUUCUAUAAGCCUAACCUUUGACCCUCACCCACGCAACACAUUUAUCCAAUCUGAAACACACUAACUUGUCUUCCAAGCCUCUGGACAUUUGCCAUGACUCUGCCCAGUUUGGAGAAGCAAUGAAGGUUACUUGGAAAUAUUUAUCACUCUAAUUAGGCACUUGAAGUGCACCAAAUAUUUCUUUUACAUCAAUGCUAGCACUGUGUGUAGGCUUGACAGGGUUCAUUCUCCACUUUGUUCACCAUCAGUGAGUCACUUUAUCAUCUAAGAGCCUGUAGUUAUUUCCACAAAAAACUGUUAUGUAUCAUUAGUCUGUUUUGCAUCAUGUUUGUGUGUUCUGUUUAUUAACAGCAAUUCUUGUUUUGUUACACUUUAA